UGAAUCCGGGGGCAGAUACGGAGCCGAAGAGCCAUGGUGAGAAUACCUGUGGGUUAUCACUCCCACAAUGAGGUGUCUAUUGGGAAAGGUAAUAACCUGCAGGAACUUGAGCUACUUAAUAAAGCCAUUGAGGCUAUAAAAAAUGAAGUUGAAGAGAAACAAAAAACUCUGUUGCUGUACACACAUACUACCAAGUGCAUUGAAGAUCCUACAACCAAUGUUGACAGUAACUGCAAUAUUGUGGAAGAUGCAGUGGAGAAACUGCAUUCUCCAUCUAAAAAGAACUGUACAGUUGGAUCAGUCUGCACAAAGAGCAGUAACUCUAUUCCUAAAAAAUAUAUAAUUGAUAGAAGGUGUCCAGCCACUGACCUAGAGUAUGACCCCUUACUUAACUAUUCUGCAGGCUUUUUUGGUUCCACUACAAAAGAAAAGGAACAUGAAAACCAAUCUAAAGCAAAGCGGGAGAGUGAAGAGGAGAGAGAGCACAGUAAGAAAAAGCCAAGACCUGCAUCUCCUAUUAGGUUGGAAAUAAAGCUCCAAGAGUCUGAUGAUGAAGAUAUGCUUGUAAUAGAUGUCCCUCCCCUUGUAGAAGUUUCAAAAAAGAAACCAAGAGCCAGUAAAGUAUGUGGAACCAAAGAGCGUUUACAGUUAUGUGAUGUACCGGUACCAGAUGAAGAAACAGUUCUCUCAGCUGAUGCUGUUGAAAAUGUGGUUACAGAAAAUACUGUCGAUGUAAAGACGGGCUCUGGAAAUGAAACUUGCCCUUUUAGUAUAGGUGUUACUGCUUAUGCCAAUGAGAAGGGUCAACCACUUGAAAGUUCUAACAACUUUAAUUCUGAGGGUGGACCCAGCUGUGAAGGAUUAAAGGUUCUUAUGGAUGAGGAACAGACUACUGUAAGUAGCGAAGAAAACGUUAAGGACUGCGCUGCCAUUGUUGUGGAAUCUGACUGUAAGGAUGAGUGCCAGCCAUUGUUUAAAGAAACCUCUUUACUGCAGCAGAGUCAGAGUUUCCAUGUUGAUGCCAGUAAUGAUUGUAAAGCUACGGAAAUAACUUUGGUUAAGAAUUGUAGUGAUCCAUUAAUAAUUGAUGAACAGAAAUGUGAGGAGAUGCUCAUAAGUGUUGAAAAUGAUGACGUGAUUGUCUUGAAUUCAUCCUCUGAUACUGAGAACAGCUCUGAGGAACUGGAUCUUUCUGAUUCUGAUGAUCCAAUAGAAGAAUGUCGAAGAAUUUUUAAUGAAUUUACUGAAAGUGAAGCAAAGAGAAAAUCUGCACAGAUUCAAGAUCAGUCUGAAAUAGAAAUGCAAGAAUCAAAGGGAAGUGAUGGAAUUCCUACCCAAAAGAAGAGAGUUGCUCAUUCAUCAGCGAAAUGUGAUGUUAGGACAAGUGGCAGUAUACUUGUACCUUAUAGAGGUACUGGCAGACAGCAUAUGCCUCACACAAGAAUAAUACAUGUACAGCAGCAAGCUUUACAGAUAACAUCUGCUGUUAAAAAUGGACAAGCUUUUGUAGCUUCCUCGCAGAAAAGAAUUACCGGCUGCUUAACCCCAGCCUAUAAUAAUUUUGGUCAGAUGGUUUGUCUCAAUUUAGUUGAAGUCCAACCUGUCGUCCCAGUUAGAAAUCAGUUGAGUGGAUUAUUUCAAGAAAGUGCAUGCAUUAAAUCGAUCAUCCCGCAGAAAAGGACCAUGCCAAUACCACCAAUGAAGAUACCUACACGUAAAAGGCAGACUGUGACAACGGAAAGUGGAUCUAAAGUACCACAUGAAACAAGACAGCGCUAUGUAAACUCCUUUGUUGAAGUGUUCUUGAAGGAAUCUGCAACUGUUCAGGAAGCCUUUGAUAAGGCCUUGGCAGAAGAAAAGUCAAUUUAUGAUAGAUGUGGGAGUAAAAAUAUGUAUCUUAAUAUAGCGGUUAACAGCCUUAAAAAAUUAAGAGACCAGCAAAAUGUGCAACUUGGCUUGCAGAAGUCAGACGGCAAAAAGAUGAAAGGUGGAUUGAAAAAUCAAGUUGAUAAAAAUGAACUUACUGGGUCUAAUCUGUACAACCUUCUCAAGGAGUAUCUACUCUCUGAAGACCAGUUACUAGAGAAUGGAUAUCCAAGGCCAAACCCUGACAAACCUGGCAGUGCUCUAAUUCACUGCACAGUAACAAAAACUAUAGGCAGUGAUGCAUUAAGACGAGUGUGCUGUAGGUGUGGAGAAACCUACUCUGUAACACUGCAUGGAAAGCACCUACGUAAAGAAGAGUGCACCUAUCACUCUGGGAGAGUUUUGAGACAUAAAGUCCCAGGUGGAAUGGAAACACGCUACAGUUGUUGUGAAGCAGCUGUAGGGACACCAGGCUGUCAGAUGGCAAAGCUACAUGUGCACGAUGGUCAAAAAGAAAAUCUUGAUGGGUUUAUAAAGACUUUUAUCAAACUUCAACCAUCCGAUGGAAAUCCUGGUAUAUUUUCUGUGGAUUGUGAAAUGUGUUACACAACUCAUGGUCUGGAACUUGCCCGAGUCACAGUGGUUGAUUCUAGCUUACAAAUGGUUUAUGAUACGUUUGUUAAGCCUGAUAACGAAAUUAUAGACUAUAACACCAGGUUGUCUGGAAUCGCAGAGGAAAACCUAAAGGAUGUAACAACUUCAAUUAGAGAUGUACAGGCCAUUAUGCUUAACCUAUUCAGUGCAGAUACCAUUCUUAUAGGACAUGGGUUAGAAAAUGACUUGACAGCACUUAAGCUUAUUCAUGAUACUGUUGUUGAUACAUCAAUAGUAUUUCCUCAUAGAUUAGGCUUGCCUUAUAAAAGAGCUUUAAGAAGUUUAAUUGCUGACCAUCUGCGUCGCAUCAUCCAGGAUGAUGUUGGUGGUCAUGAUUCAUGUGAAGAUGCUACUGCGUGUAUGGAAUUGAUGAUCUGGAAGGUUAAAGAAGACACAAAAGGCCGAAGAUAAGUCCACAUCAGCUAUAGAAGCACUUACCCUUUGCGAACUACCUCGACGGAACAGUUUACUCUCAAAUGCAUUUUUUGUUUUUGUUCUUCUCCCCCUCUCCUUUUCAAUGUAUGUUUUUCUUAAAAAGAAUAUUGAAUUGUUACUUUACAUACUGUAAUGUCCAUGUUAGUUUCUUUUUUUUUUCUUUUACUAGUAUGACUAAUAAUUUAAUUUUGUUCUGUGUGAUGGUAUGUUCUUCCUUGUGUGUAAUAGUUCGAAAAAAACUGCUUAAAUAUUAAUAUUUUCAAUAAAGAUUACUGAGCAUGUGUGGCUUUACUAUGGAAAA